AUGACUCCGAUCAGUAACUUUCGACGGCGUUCAACAGUCGGGUUGGCCAUUGACUUUCCCACUAUCAACGUCCUGGGCUUCGUCUGCUACACAGCAUAUACAUCUGCCUUUCUUUACUCUCCUGUGAUUCGGCAGCAAUAUGCUGCCCGUCACCCUUCGGACGAGGAGUCGACAGUGCGCUUCAACGACUUUGCCUUUGCGUUGCAUGCUGUCAUCCUCAGCACAUUAGUUUACACACAAUUUUGGCCUAAGAUCUGGGGGUUCAAGGUCUCCCGCUUCCAGACCGUUAGUAGACCGGUUCUUGGCCUCUUCUGGGGCUCCAUUGCAGCGAUAGGUAUAGUAGUUUGCAUUGUUUUGGCUAAGAGCCCUGACGGAGGAUAUGACCCAUCCACCUGGGCAUGGAUCGAUGUGAUUUACGCCCUCUCAUAUGUGAAGUUGAUCAUCACCAUCGUGAAAUAUGUCCCUCAAGCAUGGGUCAAUUAUAAAAGAAAGUCCACAGAGGGGUGGAGUAUCUCCCAGAUACUUUUCGACUUGACUGGUGGGGUUUUGUCCCUUCUGCAACUAGUUUUGGAUUCUUCGUUUCAGAGCGACUGGAGUGGCAUUACUGGAAACCCCGUCAAGUUCUUAUUGUCAAACGUGACCAUCCUGUUUGAUUUGGUCUUUAUCGUACAGCACUAUAUCCUUUACAGAGACUCCCUGGAAGGCAAGAUCAAUCGUCAUCCCGACCUCGUCACUCCCCUAUUGUCGGACCCAAGAGCUGCUAGCGCUUGA